UUGAAAAUGGACGAGCUAGAUAAAGAACAGAUUUCAAUGCUAAAAUCAACCUUCGAUGCGUUUGACGUUGACAGAAAAGGAUAUAUCGAAGCUGAUAUGAUUGGGACCAUAAUAGAAAUGUUAGGUACUGGAGUAGGUACCGAAGAUAUAGACAAAAUAAUCGAAGAAAUAGAUGAAGACGGCAAUGGUGAGGUGAGCUUUGAGGAAUUCGCAAAGUUAGCUGCACGUUUUUUAGUUGAAGAAGAUGAAGAUACGGAGGCAAUUCAGCUGGAAUUGAAAGGAGCAUUUCGGCUUUAUGACAGAGACGGUAAUGGAUUCAUAACUAUUGAGGUAUUAAGAGAAAUUCUACGAGAACUGGACGAGAAAUUGACAGAAGAUGAUCUGGACAAUAUGAUUGAUGAAAUAGAUGCUGACGGAUCUGGUACGGUCGAUUGGGAAGAAUUCAAAGCCGUUAUGAUUGGUUGA